UACACGUUCAUUGGCGCUUUAACUUCGCGAGUAUUUAUUCCUUUCCGCCGGUAUGCUCUGACCUACACGUAAGACAUUUGACUCUGUGUUGUAUAUCGAGCUAGGUUCUGGUGUCAUCACUCAGCUAAGGUGAAACGAGUGUUUUUGUGAGGUUUACCGCGGCGGUUUGGACAUACAGGAGCGUCUGUCAGUUGGAACGCAGAGGACACGCGCUUGUUUGCAAUGGUAAAUGAGUUAACUAUGGACACACAGUAAUAUGGAUGUGGUUGGACACUCCAAAGAACAUUAGUCAUUGUGCAACCUUCAGAGAAAGUUAUGGAAACGACUGCUGACACCUAAAUAAAACCACGGUGAUCCGCGGGGAUCAUUUCACAAGGAUUAAUGGCACGCCUUUUUUUUAUUUACUUCUGUGACCAUGAGUUUAUGGUUAAUAGACUAACCAUGAAAUAUUGUUAAGAAAUGUGACACAACAGACCCACCAUGCUAGACCAAAGUGGGCUACAGUGUCAGUACAGGAAAGCUAAAAUGAAUCUUUCUUCCACUUAAAUAUGGCUUGAGUUGGGACCAUAGACGGCUCAGCCAGUUUCCAUGAUUAUUUAAGUCUCAGAGGAAGCAAAGAGACCAUGUGUAACAUCUCAACCUCGUGCAAUGUUGACUCGAAUAUAGACCAGUUCUUCCAGCCGGUGCUAUACAUAAUUGUCAUUGUACUCGGCUUCCCCACCAACUGCAUGGCCCUGUGGGCCGCAUACAUGCAGGUAAAACAGAAGAACGAGCUGGGUAUCUACUUGAUGAACCUCUCUGUGGCUGACAUCUUGUACAUAGCCACUUUGCCGCUGUGGAUAGAUUAUUUCGUGCAUCAUGACAACUGGAUCCACGGCCAGGUGUCCUGCAAGCUCUUCGGUUUCAUCUUUUACACCAACAUUUACGUCAGCAUCGCCUUUCUUUGUUGCAUAUCCGUGGAUCGCUACUUGGCCGUGGCUCAUCCUCUCAAGUUCGCUAAAGUCCGUCGGGUCAAAACGGCCGUGCUGGUCAGCACGGUCGUCUGGGUGACUGAAAUAGUGGCUAAUUCUGCACCUCUCUUCCACGACGAACUGUUUAAGGAUCGCUUUAACCAUACCUUCUGCUUUGAAAAGUACCCAAUGCAGGACUGGGUGGCUGGUAUGAACCUUUACCGAACUUUUUUGGGAUUCCUGGCACCUUGGGGUGUGAUGCUGGCAGCGUACAGAGGUAUCCUGAGAGCUGUUCGAGGUAACGUCUCCACUGAACGACAGGAGAAGGCCAAAAUCAAGAGGCUGGCCCUCAGUUUGAUCCUCAUUGUUCUCCUCUGCUUCGCUCCCUAUCACGUCCUGCUGCUGUGGCGUAGCGUGAUGUUCCUCAGCGAUCCCUGUGACUGUAGUGCAGAGGAGGACUUGUUUGGUGCGUAUCAUGUGGCUCUAGCACUCACUAGUCUCAACUGUGUGGCGGACCCCAUCCUUUACUGCUUUGUGAACGAAGGGGCCCGUAACGACGUCACACGGGCUCUGACCGCCCUCAUGGGUCUCUUCCAUCGUGGGAAAAUUGACGCACUGAUAGGGAAUUCCCUCACCGUGGAGACGCCUCUAGCAGUGAAGAAGCCUGAUUUGUAUAGUGGAGUCAAGGCUAAUGCAUACAAAACGGACAUUGAAGUGCUCAAAGACGAGUGCCUUCAAAUGACCAUUCUCAGUGUUAGAAAGUGAAACCAAACAGUGGCCCAAGACCAAUUUGGUUAAGUAAAUGCGGUGUAGGUAUUUUAUCCGCUUGUUAAGUCAUGACAUAAGGAAUACUGUUUUACUCAUUUAAAAGAGGAUAUAAUUUAAACAAAGCACUAUUUAUUCAUAUCACACAUUUAAGUGAAAAUUUUAUAAACAAUUAUAAGCUCCGACAGCAAUAUAAUUCGGAUUUUGUUAUGAGGAUAAAAAGUGUAUAUUACCGUGAUUUUUUUAUUUCCCUAUGGCAUUUGAGAUCGGUUGGACCCGGAAGUGCUACAUGACGUCAGACUUAACAAGCGGAUUGCAUUGAAAAUUUCAAAAUAUCAAACCAAGCGAAAUCUAAACAAAUUAUGCUGAAUGUUUUCUCAUAACUAAUUUAUUUAGAUUUUUUCAUAUUUACUUUGUUUUUUUUUGGAUGUAUGGUGUCUCCUACCAUUUCCUAGCAAAAUACAGGGACGUUUAUCACAGGUAUACUGUCAAAAUUUAAGGUACAAAAGCUGUCACUGGGGCAGUACCCUUUAAAAAGGUCCUAAAAUAUGUACCAUUUAGGUACAAAUAUGAAUAUUUGAACUUACAAUAUGUACCUUUGAAAUACUAAUAAGCACUCUUUGGGUACAAAGGUGUACCUUUUUGAAAAGGUACUGUCACAGUGACAACUUUUGUACCUUUAUUUCUGAGUGUAUAGGUUAAGUUUAUUUACGCAUUUGGCAGAUGUUUUAUCCAAAGCGACUUAUAGUGCACUGCAAUGUAUACAUUUUAGCAGGAUGUGUGUUUUUUGGGUUUGAACCCAUCAUCUUUUGUGCUGCUAACACAAUCCUCUACCAACUGGGCUAUUUAUAAUGAUAUCCCAGCCC